GUACCUCUCAAGCACCAAGCUCACCGGCUCCCUGCCAGCCACCAUGUCUCGCCUCACCUGCUUACAAGAAAUAACUCUCAGUUUCAACACUUUGUCAGGCUCCAUCCCAGAAGGCAUUGCUGACCUGGCUGCCCUCUCACUCCUAUCUCUUCACAAGAACAAAAUUACCGGCGCAAUGCCGUCAUCCAUCGUCCGCCUCACCAAUCUCACCUUGUUGAAUGUUGGAACCAACAGGCUAGUGGGCACAAUUCCUUCGGCCAUAUUCCAGCUUACGAAGCUCGCCUUCUU